AUGGGCGACAAGGUCAUACUGACAGAAGUUUUGGAAGCUUCGAACCUGACAGAGGCCUACGUCGACCUCACCGCAAAAAGUCUGAUCCAAGAGUGAGAUCCACUUGAAUAAUGCGGAAAAACUACGUUUUUUUGUAGAUUACGACAUGUUGGGGACGACUUGGUGGUUAGGUACUCAAACUUGGAUGACAGGACCGAGUUGGGUGAACCGGCGGACCAGCGGCCUGAGUCCGACGACGGCCAACGGACAUUCACCGUCGACGAGGCCGUCGAAGCCCUGGGCUUUGGCCGGUUUCAGAUCAAGCUCAGCAUCCUCACCGGCCUCGCUUGGGUACUGCGCCUGCUUAAGACUGGAAAAAAGGAGAUUUCAGAUGGCCGACGCCAUGGAGAUGAUGCUCCUGUCUCUGAUCUCACCGGCACUCGCUUGCGAAUGGGGCAUUUCCUCAGUUCAGCAGGUUCGACAGUCAAUGGAUUUUAUCUGAAAAAUGAAGAAACACAUAAAAGGGGAACCGUUUUUCUCAGCUAAACCUUUUUUUAAAAGGUUUAAGAAAGUAAUUAUUUCUUAGCUUUUUGGUAGAUAUAAAGUACCUUUCACACAAGAGAAUAAUUUUUAAUCUAAAAUUUAUAAUGUUCGAUACAUCCUCAACAAUCUCAGUUCUAACUUGUAAUUGAUAGUUGCACAAUGAACGUAUAACUAGAUUUCUUCGUACAUUGCUCAGGAUGUGCUGGCCGGAAAUCGGCUCUUUCCUUUUUUUUUAAAUGCUACUCGCAGUUUUUGUUUUCAUUUCUUCUGACUCAUGAAGUGAGUCAGCGCUGAUAUUUUAAUAGCAAUUUACUAGCCAACAUUCGAGAAAGUCAGAUAAAACUAAAAAGUUGUUCUCAGCCGCAUUAACAGCUCGUUAGAGUCUACUAAGGAAUAAUUAAGAGAAAGACAUAAAAUUGGUCUCAAUCCCAUCUGAGUUCUCCCCUUUCUCGAAAAAAAGGGAUGUUUCAGGCCCUUGUUACGACGUGCGUGUUUAGCGGAAUGAUGCUCUCCAGUACAUUUUGGGGGAAGAUUUGCGACCGAUUCGGUCGAAGAAAGGUCUUUUCGCCCUUUUUGACCGUUUCCAACUGUUUCCACUCGUUCAGGGGUUGACGUUUUCGACUCUGGUAGCGUGUCUGAUGGGCGCCCUCAGCAGCAUGUCGCCUCAUUUCUACGUCCUCCUUUUAUUUCGAGGACUCACCGGAUUUGGCAUCGGCGGCGUUCCUCAGUCGUCAGUACUUUUUCUCAAAUUUAUUUGGAAAAGAAAUUGUGUUGGUAAAUUAGGAUUUAUGAUGGGAAAAGAUUCUUAACAAAAUAAGCUUAUUGAAGAACGAAAAACUGCUCAUUAACAGAGCAUAUAAGCUUGGGAAAAAUUCGAAGACUUGAGAUCGAUUCGUUCAAGUUUCAAGCGCGAAAAAUAAAAAAAUAAUAUUUAUCAGAUGAAAUAGAAACGAAGUUUGCAAGUUUGUCUAGAACUUGAGAACACGUUUAUAGAUAUUUCAAUGAUUAUUUUACAACUUAUUCAUUGGUUUUAAGGUUCAAAAACCACUUCUUGAAUGCAAAAAAAGAAUGAAUGGAACGUGAAGAGGCAUUGAGAUUUGAAAGAACAAGUUUUUCUCGGAGUGAACCAAAGACUCAUCAUCUUAACUUUUAAUUAAAAUCCUUUCUGCCCUCUUUGGAUUUUUUUUUUCACUUUUCGACGAGGUUUCAAAAAAAUUAUUUAGACAACUUUUUAGAGCGCUUUUCAACUCAAGAUUCGGUUUUAUAGAUUUUUCUCUGCUGGUGAAGAUCAAAAGUAGAUUAGAAGAAAGCUUUAAUUUCUUACAAGUAGCUGUAUGCACCAAGAAAGGUUAGAAAUCAGAGAUAAAUUUUCGGCUAUCUGCAUGGAAAUUAUAAGUUAUCUCAAUUUUCUCCGUUGAGAAAUGAUUUGAAGGGUGACGCUGUACGCGGAGUUUCUGCCGACUGCGCAAAGAGCCAAGUGCGUGGUACUGAUCGAGUCUUUCUGGGCGAUCGGCGCAGUUUUCGAGGCCCUCCUGGCCUACGUCGUCAUGUCGUGGUGGGGCUGGCGAGCUCUCAUGCUCGGCUCGUCUCUUCCUCUGGGCAUCUUCGCCGCUCUUUCCUUUGUUUGUCCUUUUUCGAACUUUCAAAAUAAAUUUGGGAGCGUCGGAAUAUCGGUUGUAAUCUUUUAAGGAUGAUAACUGAUAGAAUUGUAUAAAGUUGUACGUCUCCUCUCUUUUCCAUUCUCCAUAUCUAUUCCUAUUCGUUGAACUCACUAGAAAUAGUCUUGUUGUCACAAGUUAUUAGGUGAUUGCCUCAACGGAGACUAGCUCUAACAAUAGAACGCACAAAAUGUAUAGUUUGUGUGAAUAGACACUAGAGAUCAAAACUCAGUAAGAAAAAAAUAUAUAGUUUGUGUUUCCUAUAGAAGAUGAAACCUUCAUUAAAUUGUCUUGAUGUGAACUUUUCAGAUUUGAUUUUGAAAAAGGCAUGAGAGAACAUUUCUGAAAUGUCGCUAAUAUACUCUUCCAUAGUUAUCUAUAAAAACUUAAGUCUGAAGAGACGUUUGAACUUCUUAUUCUUGUAGAAAUUCGGGGUUUUUUCAGCUGGCUGGUUUCAAAUGACACUCUCUCUAAAAAACUUUUUUUUUCAUAAUGAUCAUUAAGAGUAGAAUAAGAUUUCAUCUUACCUUAACGGAGGUAGUGCUAUCAAUUUUGAAUGAAGAGGGAAAACAAAGAAAAAAAGAUAAAGUCAAUUUCCGCAGUGGCUGCCGGAAUCUGCAAGGUUCGACAUGGCGUCAGGCCAUCCGGAGAGGGCUAUGGAGACGUUGCAGGAAGCGGCGCGCCAGAAUCGCGUCCAGCUUCCCAUCGGCCGGCUGGUCUCCUCCACUCCUGCUGGGGUAUCUUGUCAGAAACUAUUUGAAUCUCGAAUCGAAAGCUUUUUCAGAAGGACAAUCGUGGCGACUUGACGAGUCUCCUGGCUCCUGAUUUGCGGAAGACGACUAUCCUUCUGUGGAUUAUAUGGUGAAUAGUAAUUAGCGAAGAGCGCUGUGUAAUUAUUGAUGAUAGAAGGUCAAUAAUUAAGGUUUUUGAUUAUUGAAAAAAAAACCGAUGUUUCAACAAAUGAAAAAAGUAACGAAAAUUAUUUAUUUUCCAAAAAAAAGUUUUCACACUCGAUUCCAGGGCUGUCAACGCAUUUUCUUAUUACGGUAUGGUUCUCUUCACCACUGUGUUGUUCCAAUCUCACGACGAAUGUCAUGGAGGUGGUUUAAUCGGGGGUCUUCAUACAAUCAGCGAUAAUCAAUCAGGUCUUUUCUCGAAUGGAACGAAGCUGGAAACGUGCCAACCUCUGACGAGAAGCGACUAUUUCGAUCUGCUCUCUACGACGCUCGCCGAGUUCCCAGGUUCAAUUCUGUUAGGAAAAUUAAAAAUAAUUGAAAGAUAAGGUAAGGGUAACUCAUAAAAGUUAAAAAUCAUUGUUUAAAGGUAGAGACAAGAAAUUUAACUUGAAAAAAUGUAUAAGAAUCAUUUUUAGCUUCUUAUCUCAGUGAAUUUCAGACUCGUUUACGGUACGUUAGGUCACUAGGAAAAGUUUAUUAAAAACAGUUCCUGCCUGAAAUAUGAACAUUUGCAAUUCUUGAAAAUUUGUGCUGAACUUUUCCCAUCUUUCAUAUCCAAGUACCAUGGUUUCAGUGGUUCAAUUGCUAAGUUAGUGCAUUUGAAAUUAAGUUUUGGAAAUUCAAAAAAAAAAUGAUCGAAAAAACUAACACGAACUUAAAAUUAUAACUUAUUGAAAUAUACUUUUCUGAUGGUAUGAAAAAAAGACCAGCGAAAAUUUCAAACGGCGACUUUUCCGAUUUUUUCAUAUCGCUAGGGAACUUUCCGACGGCCACCUUUCCGACGGAUCCCUAUCCGACUUUUUUCCCCAAUGAACUUUUCGUUUUGAAUCUCCCUAUAUGAAGUAGGUAGUUUAUUCAUGAUUAAAUACAAAGAAAUAGGAAAAAAAAAUGUUAAUAUGUUCUAUAAACCGAAAAAUAUAAGGGAAAAAGAUUCGGCGGAAAGGUGGCCGUCGAAAAGUUCCCUAGCGAUACGAAAAAAGUCGCCGUUUGAAAUUUCGCUGGUCUUUUUUUCAUGCCACCACUUUUCUCAGGUCUCAUCAUCACUGUCGUCGUGAUCGAAUGGCUUGGCCGGAAAAAGACGAUGGCGUUGGAAUUUUCUGUUUUCGCAAUUUUCACUUUCUUGUUAUAUUUCUGUUUAGAUAGGUUUUUUUGAGAAGGAAUCUCCCCUUUUACUGUUUUUCUCUCAGGUUUACGGUAACAGUCUUCAUUUUCGUAGCCAGAGCCUUCAUAUCAGGAGCUUUCCAGUGCGCCUACGUAUACACUCCGGAGGUUAUUCUUCUAAUCCCUCAAGGAGAAAGUAAAAGUUUAUUUUUCAAGGUUUACCCCACAACUCUGCGCGCCGUCGGCCUCGGAACGUCGUCUGCCAUGGCGAGGAUUGGCGCCAUCGCGACGCCCUUUGUUGCUCAGGUUAGCGGCUGAGAAGUUCCUGAACUUCUCGAUUAUACAGGGAUAACUAGUUAGGCUAGUAAAAAAAAUCCGUUCGGAUGAGUUCAGCCAAUAGGUUUUAGAGCCGUUGGUUCAGUUCAAAAGGUAGCUUGGUCUACAAGGAAACAGUUUUGGAUAUUCGGUCAUUUGGAAAUGAAACUUGAUUUUGAAUUAUUUGUAAAUAUACCAUGAAGCAAAAACCAACUUGAGGUUGUUAACAGGGAAAAAAAAUCUUAUCGGAAUAGCGAAAACAGGGUAGAUGAAGACACGGAUUUCUCCACUUUUCUUUCUUUUUUUUCGAACACUAGGUUUUGAGCAAACAAGUUCAAUUUUCUUGUACUUUUGGACUUCAUCUUCUAUUGAACAUGCCACCAUCUUCUUUUUUUUCGACUUCAGGUUGCUUCGGAAACUUCGCUUUCACUGCCCAUUGGUAUUUACGGCACGGCUGCGGUCGUCGGUCUCAUAUCCGCCGUUUCUCUGCCCAUCGAAACAAAAGGCCGUCAGAUGACUGUUCGUUUUUCCCUUUUUACGGAACUGGCAAUCACAAUAUUUUGAAAAAUUCGGCUUUUUUCUCUAGAAAAUGAGCCGGAACAUCGAAAUUAACUUUAAUUCUCACAAAUGUUCUCUUAAAUAGCAUAGAACGAUCAAAAACCUCUCUGAAGUGUCAGAAGGAUCAAAUGCCUUUCUAUAACCUGAAAUAAAAAAAAGGCUUUUGCGCUCCGAAAUUGUCCAAACUUUUUCUCAAAACCUCAGAAAGAACUUUCUAAUAGACUAUAGUACUGGAAAUAAACCACCAAAUCAUUUUGCCUUUGUGAAUUUGCAUCUUUGCAUAUUCACGUCGACUUUUUUUUUGAUCUCCGCCUCAGUCUUUGAGGUUUGGCCUUUCUAUCCAAGGGCUCAAUUUUCUCAUUCGGUUUUUAAUCAAGCAUAUUCAGUUGGUAAUAAAUAAAAGCAAGAGGAUAAUAGGCAGUUUCACGAAAAAUAAAUCACUACUUUGAAUUAAUCUCCGGACAACUGAACAUAAAACAUGUUACAGGACACCCUCUAAUCAGCAAAAACAGGCGCAGGAAACGAGCAGUUCGAAGGGAAAAAAGAUCUCCAAUUUUGUUUGAUAAUAAAUGGUUUCUGUUCACCUUUCCUCUUCUGCAAAUGAAAUGGUUUUUCGCCUCGUUUCAACUGCUAUUUUGUAACGUGAUCGUAUUGUUUGUAAUGGAAGUUGUCCGUCUUUUCGAAGAAAGAAACGAAAAGGAAAUUGUUUGCUUCUUUCUUCGAGCUCCUCGAGCGCGAUCAUAGAAGCGAGAGCCAAAUGAGGCGCAAUUUGAUAAGGAGUUCGCCGUGUUGUGAACGUUUCUCAGGCACUUCGUCCCGCGGAAAGGCCGGACUUGAAUGGAUUCUCUCAUGUUCUUCUUUUUCUCGAUCUACUUGGGCGUCACGAAUUUGCAUUUUUGCAUAUUCACGCCACGGCCAGCAAUGUUAUGGCUGCACGCAACGUUGGAAAAAGGUCAGAUUCCUCGGAAAAAACUAUGUUGUUAAUUCUGCAGACGUCUUCUUCCGAACAAUCGUUUUUAAAUUUUCUCUUGGUAGUGGAGGAGGAGUUUUUUCACAGUUUCAACGGAUUGGUAAAAGAAAAAAGCAAAAUCCACCAACUUUUUGGAUCGAGGGGCCAUUUUUGCGAAAAUUUACUUUUGAACGCCACAAAAAAAAACUUGUGGAAUAAUGGAAAUUCUACUGUUCAAUUUUCGAAAUGGGUCAUUUCUCGAAAAAUGUCUGGUAAUUGAUUCAAAACCAGGUUUAGUUUUCAGUCAACCAUUUAUGAUUGUUUACCGCUUUCUUUUACUCAUUUUAAAAGAGAAAUUGCCAAAUAUUUUCCGUAUCAGAAGGUUACCAAGAAAAAAAAAUCUUGGAAUGAUUUAGGAAAUACAAGUAGAAUGUGUACAUGUUAAAGAAGGUUUUGCAGUAACUGGCGCAUUUCUCAAAGAGCCUUUGGAUGAAUUGACAAGAAGAUUUCUCAUCGACUCUCAAACUUGAACCGUUACUCUUUUCGUUUCAAGGCUCUGUCCAUGGAAGUAUCUCUAAUCUCAUAAGUUUAUGACAACUUAUCGAUUUGAAUAAGAAAGCGACAUAUUAUAAGUGAAUGACGACAAACUGUAACAAGUUAUUUUUUUCGAUUCAUAAUCCGAAGAUGUUGCCACUGUAGGAGAUCGAACAGCAGACCUGCCGAAAUUUUUUUUUUUUUUUUUGAAGCUUGGAAAAUCGUUUGCCAUUUCUAUUUUAAACUGACUUUUUUUCCUCAAUUUGUUCUUUAUUUGAACUUUCUGUACAGUUUGGCUGAUAAGAAGGCUUCUGCGAGCGACAAUGGUGAUAAAAACGGUGGAAAUGAUAUCAUAAUGUUUUUGAUCUCAGUGUUUUUCGAAAGUUCUUGAUUUAUGACACAUUGGAAAAUUUUAAAAGAUUAUCUAUUCCUUGCACGUAUACCUUAAAAAAAUCUUUUUUUCAGCAAACAUUUUCAUGCUUCACAUAAAGAAAGAGAAUAGGAAAAGGCGAGAAAUAAGUUCUGAAAAUAAAUUAUCGUUAGUUUUUAGAAUAAACUUUUGCAGUUCACUUUCUAUCAGGAUGACCUCGAAGUUACCAAGGUUUUCUUUUUGAAUAAGUUGAAUAAAUUGAUCCUUUAAAAGAGAUCUAUGUAUUCUAGUGAAGUUUUCAGUUUUAAAACAGCCUCUGCUAACUUUUUCGCGAAAAGCUCUUCUUUGAAAUUUUCGAGCGGUUCUCCUUGAGGUAAACUAGUUGAUCCAGCCUUUUCCUCAUUUCGAAUCUUUGGUUGUUUUUGCCUGGCCCAACUCAAGGAAGUUUUCUAUUUGGGGGCAAAUCCCAGUUUAUUGAAAACUGGUUGUCGCAGCGACCACGCAUUUUUUUCCUCUGCUUUUUUUUGACAAAACAAAACAAAUUUGGCACACUUUGCAUGUGCGCAUCGUCCUCGAAGAAGAAAAGAGCACCUUGAAGAAAUAAAUAGGCCACGCCUCCUGGGACUCUCCCUCCGGCAUCGCUGCACCGCCAACACACUUUUUCCGCAUUUCCCUCGGCGUUUUUUUGAGCUUCUUUGGCAUAACUAUUUUCUUUUAGACACUUUUAGACUGUUUCUCACUUUUUCUGGUUACGAACGACAUUUUCUUUUUAGUUUUUGAGUUUCUUAUCGAGCUUACUCCACUAAAAUUGCAAUGAAUGCAGGCUAAAGUUGAAUAGAAUAAUAUGAAAAUAAUCAUAGUUUUUACUAUAUUCAUUUUGGUUCAAAUAUUUUUUUUUUCAAAGCGGUAAACGUUCUUAUUUCAAAGAGAAAAGCCAAAGCAUUGAAGUACCGGAAAAUCUCGAAUUUCUAUGUAGUUUGUCAAGUGAAUGUUUUUCUGUCAUUUUCCAGUUAUUUGCAGAGACUUGUACCUCGAAGUUCUGCAUCGUGAGACCAACUGCUCGGUUCAAAAACUUUGAAGUUUGAAAAUCAAAUCUUCGUUUUUAAUUAUUAUGUAUAGUUUUUACAAUUCAAAAAAUGACAAACAUUACAGAGUUCAGUAGAUAUUUUUCAAUUUGAGCUUUUUUUUUGAAAGAGAAUGGACUAAUUUAAUAUUAGUGAGAGCCGUUGACCAGCAUUACAGGCCAUGAAAAACUUCUGUGCUUUUAGCAGCCCGUGAAGAUUUUCGGACAAACUAUACUGUUUUUAGUUUUAUUGGUCUUCCAUUGCUUUUUUCUCCUCGAAUUUUAUCUAUUUUCUUCGAUUCCCUUUUUUAAAUUUCUCCGAUUCAUAUAUUUGGUCGGAAUCAAAAAUUACAACGAUUUUUUCGUGAGAAAAAUUCUAGACAGCAUCCGCCAGGUUUUAAUUAUUUUCGUUUCCAAAAUUUCUACUACUCAUCAAUAUUUUGGCCCAUUUCCUACUCUAUGCUUACCUGACAAAAAAAAACCCUCGAAAGAAAACUGAAAACCUUCAAACAAAAGCAUUUUUUCGAUUCAUUUCGUUUUGUUUCUUUUUUGUCGUUUCUUCAGUUUUGCAAUUUUUCGGAAAAAGUGUUUGGAAUGUAGCGUUUGCUUCUCUUGGACGAAAAAAAGUUCUAUUCUCAGAUGGAGCGAAAAGACAUCGAAGAUUUCCUACGGCGCUCCAACUCGAUUUGUGAUCACGUGAGUCUCUUUGAUUUCAUUUCAUUUUGUCCUUUACACUCGAUUAUUUUCACACUUUUUUGUUGUCGUUGGCGAAAUUCAACGGAUCUUGAACGCAAUAAAAUGGCCCAAGUACGUGCUUAUUGGCAUAUUGCGGCCGCUUAAACCCUCCCCAAAGCGUUUUUUGUGAGAUUUCCUGGUUCAUUGUCUCAAAAAAGGCUGUCGACAUGGGGCUGAUGUGAGAAAGUACUUCAUCUCUGGAUAUUAGAAAGACAUUCUGUAUGCGAAGAGUCGUCUACUUUGGCAAAUUGCAAUUGUUGAUUGGCGACGGCGACCGACUCGGAAGCGAGUUUCUCUUUUUGUUUUCCCACUCCACUUGUGCCGAUUAUGGAAACUAGGCGCGAUGCAACUCAUUGAGGUACUCCGACUCCCAUCGGCAAAGAAAAGGCGAACAUUUUGCCGCAAAAGGUUGCAAAUUCUCUAGGAAAAGGCAACGUUUUUCAUUGGGCGAGUUCUGGAUAUACGCAGAAUAAAUUGGGCGCGCAUAAUUUUCGAAAAUAUGAAGCGCAAAAAUGACUCUGUCUAGUCAAAGUCCAAUUCAAAGACUAGAAUUUUUUUGGGUUACACUCAUAGCUCUCAACGAGGAAUAUUUCUGCUGGGUUGAGAAUCACUCCGAAACUAAUAUUUUUUUUCUAAAUAAAUUUUAUAAAAAAACGCGCCAAAUUGAAACUAUAUCGAAAUCAUGAAGAUUGGACUAACACUUAUUAUUUAACCUUAAUUUUUUUGCAAAAAAAUUUUUUUAACGUUUUAAAAAGAAGCUUCAUAACCCAAAAAUACUUAGGUUCGAAUUCGGGUUUUCAAUAUGGUCUUGCUUGUUUUCCAGCUUUUGUUUUUUUUUUUCUUUCUAUCACUUUCAAAAAUUCCUAUUUGUGAAUUUGGACUUCAAAAUGACAUUGAAAGAUUCAUUUGUUCCUUGACUCUUCCAUGCGGCAUUUUCUUGCCGAAUCCGUUGAUAUCGAAAAAAAUAAUUAAAGAAAAUGCCGAAAAGAACAAUUGAAUUGAUGUAGUGACAACGGAGAUUAGGUCUGUUGUUGCUUUGGAUAUUUCAUCUCUCGGAAACCGAGGCAUGACGCUGUUUGUAAACAACUCUCUUUCCUCAUUCGCUCUAUUCAAAACUUAUUUUGAAGCUAAAUUGAUUGGCAGCUUGAAUACGAGCAAAAAAGCGGAAUUAGAGUCUGUUUUUUGGAACUGUGACUUCAUUUCGUGAACUUCUUGGAGUUUUUAUAACUUUGAGCUCAGGUUUCUCCGUAGUUUGAGAUCCUCCAAUUGUAAUAUCAGCUGGUUCAAGCUUAAAUUUGUUCGCUUCGCACAUAUGACAUCCGAUAUUGCCUAGGCCUAGUACAUUAUUGCGAGGGAUUCGAAGAAGCAAAAAAAAAAAAUAGCUCGGCAUGUGGUCGUCCUCCUCCUGGCGAUAGAUCAUCUGCACGAGAGACGCUCGUAAAACACCGUUUUGAACGCCUUUCCAGAUUUUUGAAAAGAAACGAAAAGAAACGAAAAGAAGAAAAUGUCCCCUCAGAAACAAGGAACUUCCGUCAUGUUGUUGUGGUUCCACCUAAAAAUGGACGUUUACCAGUAAUUUCAGAAUUUUUUGAAAUUCCACCGACUUACUUUUUAUGUACUUGAAGAACUUGGUAAAACUUUCAAGCUGAAAAUUUAAUAUCUUUCUAGAAAAGUACCUACAAAGCUUGUUUUUUUUUUUUGGUAUUUUGCUGGCGACUGAAACAUUGAGACGCACGUUUUUCAAGAACAAGGAAGUUUUGAAAGUUGAUACUUUCAGGGUUUUUUUCCAAGAGCGUUCUGGUCAAUUUUCAGUGUUUAUUACUGUAUACAAAAGAUGACCGUUUUUGUAAACCUUUUUUUACGAGUUUGGUUUUAAUCACCAAAACUGAAGCGAUAAAGCUCGAGAAUCUACUGAUAUUAUGCUGGAAGUGAGAGCUGAAAAAUUCUAGAAUUUGCAAAUUCUUAAUAUUAAAUGUGACAGAAAUAACACGAAAACAAGCACCCGUUUCCGGUUGGAAGGAAUUUGUAACCUGAGAAGCUUUGUGCACUUGAAAAUGUCAAGUUAUAUGUAGAAUUGUCGUCAUUUUUCCGGGAGGUGGGCAUAAAAGAUUGAAACGAGGAUCUCUGAUUUUCUGGGGAAAAUAUUGAAUCUGAGCAGAACGAAGGUCCGAUGUUCAGCUUUUCUUUUUUCCGCAUAACUUUCUUCAGAAGUUUUCUUCACGUUUGAUGAAGCUUGUUGACACGGCCACUUUUCUUCUUUCUUCACAUUCUCCCUAUUUUGCGGUUUUCUCGGGCGGAAAGGACGUCACGACUAGUUAACUUUGCUGUUUGAUCACUUUUGGAACGGAACGGUGAUCUAAUCGUGACUUUUUCUCAUUUUUGCUAACGAAAGAAAGUGCUAGAGGUUUGAGCUCUGAACGCCACUGUCUGAAAACAGAAAGAAAAAGAUUUAUUUGUUCAUCCAUCCACGCAGUCGCUUAUUAUUUGGGAAAGAAGAGGCGAAAUUUUUCUGGCUCGAAUAUAUCAACGGAGGAAAUAUAUGGGCAGGUUCCCACGCGGUUUGCCUUACGCGCUUCGUUGCCCGCUCACAAUUGCUUAGUUCCAGGAUUUUUCACCGAUGGACGGAGAGGCAAGGAAACCAAAUGAAAAAAGGCUCUGAAGAAUGCCGGAUCGAUGCGUCCUUACCUCUAACCCAAGCCUGAGAGAUAAUCCCUAAACUCGCUCUGAAAGUGGCCAAUCUCCCCAAGGAGACGUUUUCGAAAGCACAGCUGGAGUUUAUGUCCAAUUGGAGCACGUGAAAAGAGCUUGUUGCAAGGUGGUCGGACGAUUUGUCAGCCACGAGGUCCUUGGGGAAUUUUUUCUGUGGAUUUUGAGAAGCUCUCGGACGUGGGAAGUGUGUAUUUGUGUGAACAGAAGAACGCUUGGGUCGAAUUAAGGGUUUUCAAUUAAAUCGAGAUACUUCCGUUCGAUCUGCAACAAGAUAGGACCAGCCAAGCUUCAGGAAGCAGACUCAAAUUGGAAAGAACCCAUUGAAAUAAAUUGUAAAAAACUCAGAGGAACGCAGAUUUAUGAAGAGCUUAUUCACAAUUAGAAUCAUGCUAAGUUGACUUUUAAAUCUUUUUUUUUGUCUACUGAAAAUUUAUAAAGUAUUAGGGACUUUUUUAGAGCUUCUAAAGCAAAAAAAAAAACUGCCAUUUUCGACGGAAUUAACUAGAAAUCUUCUCAAAGCUUCUGUCGGACCAAACCCCAGUGUCGAUUGAAAAUAUUAAGUUUUUUCCAUGAUUGGAUUUUAAUUUCUCAUAGCUAAGUCUCUCGGAAUGCAAGCCUUUUUUGACCUGAUAUCCCUCCCCCCAUACAAAGGUGAUCAAACCUGUCUGAACCUUGAGGAAUUUUUUUCUUUAGCAAUGAUUGGCUUUUUUUCCAGGAGGUCGAAUCAGAUGAACCAAUCACGGUUCGGCGAAUGAGCCUGGCCGAGUUCACAGGACUGGCCCCGAAGCAAAAAAUAUUGUUUGUUGAACUUCAGAAGUUUUCCGAAUGAAGAAAGGACAAUUUUAGUGACAUAGAGGUUCCGACGUGGCGUUCCUCGGUAUCUCAGUCUUCGCUUCUGAAUUCCUUCUCCGCACGACGUCGGAGCGUACUUUCGACGGACGUCUGCGAUUCUCCGUCACGCAGACUGACUCCUCAGAAAGAGGAAAGCCUUGACCUCGCCACCGCCAUCGAUAGGUUCGAGCGAUCGAUAUUUCCAUGUCACAAUCAAUAAAAUUAUCUAUAUUUGAUUUUUUUUUGUCCGGAGAAGUAUCUUUAUUUUUUUUUUUGGGGUUUUGAUAAGUGGCCGCGAAAUGAAUGUCGGACCUCGGUAGCGAAAACCAGACGCGGUCCGGAUGUUUCUGAGCAUUUUUAGGGGUCUUACUGAGUACUAACUUCUUACUAACUUAUGAGUACUGACGGUACUAAAUUGGUUACUAGAAAGUUCCCCUACACGUCCGAGUCGAGUCCUGAGGACGUUAAGACCGUCCGAAUAGAGAAAAUGAAGAAGAAACAAAGUUUGAAAAAAUUACGAAGUUCAAAUUUUCGCUUAAAAAAUAUACUUUCAGGUUAUCUUCUCUACGUGAACGAACUUCGAAUUUGGAAAGAGCCGAAGGCGCAUUGGACGGCGUCGAAAUCGCCAAAGAACGCGACAGAGCAAACGAGGCCAUCGGUCGCCUUGCUCUUGUCAGUAGAGAUAUCAGUGGGUUAGUUCAGCAAAUAGUUAAUUGGGAACGUGGAAUCAGAACUUCCAGAUCAGCCAAUGAGACGGUUCGCAAGGGAAGUACGCUCAUCGGAGAGGUUUUUUCACUCUCACUUUUUGUCAAAAUAAAAAAAAUUCAUUGUAAAGACAUAGAAAAUUAAGUUCGACAUCCUUUUUUAUGUAUGAAAAUUGAACUUUAAUAGGAAAAUUUUUUUGCGAAGUUUGGAAAAAAUAACAAAUAAGAAUAAAAAAUAAUUCGAAGAGAAUAUAAUGAAAUUUACUGGUAAAGAUCAUGUUUUCUAUUAAAAAGGAAAACUUCAUUCAAAUUCUAAUAUCACUCAACAAGUUGAAAUCGUUUUUGUAAUGUUUAAUUUAUAUAGGAUGAGCGAAUUUUUAGGGAUUUUAAUUUCACCGUUCGUUUUUUAACUUUUUGUCUUACAGCUACCAUGUCUUCUAUUUAAAUUUUAAAUUUAAAAAAUAAGUUGUUUUGAUUUUCAUUAAUUCGCGUUUUUUUUUUCAGGCGACAGAAGCUGCGGAACUUCUUUUCGCCGCCGUCGAGCCGCUCAUCGUCCACUCCCCGGUGUUCCUCUCAGAACUGAUUGCGACCGAAGCCUCUCAGGUACUCCCUUUGUUUCGGAUCAAUUAAAAUGAUUUGAUUCGAUGGGAAACGAUUGAUUUUCAAUUUCUUCAAACGUUCCAAGAUCUCGGUGGUAUUCGGAUAUAUCUAGAGCGCAUUUAAGUUUUAAUCAAAGCAUCAGAACUAGCCCGUAGAGUUUUGAGAUUUUGUUAUAGUCUGUUCAGAUUUUUAAUGUCAAGUGCAAUGACGUCAUUCAAAAACACUCUGUGGAUCGCUCGCUCUCUGAUUGGUUUAUCGCACCAUUAGGGGCGGGGCUUGAGCGACGACUUGACAUUCAAAAUCUGAACAGACUAUAUGCCGUGUACAAAGUAUUCUGCGAAAGGAAAAAUCCUCUCUAACUCUCCAAAAUUUAGUUAUCUUUUUCUUUCGCAGCUGGUUUCUAAUCUUGAUUCGCAGAACUUGAUUCCGAAAAAUUGGAGCUUUUCACACGUUUCUUGUCAUUUUCCUCGAACCACGAGUUUCGAGGUGUUCCGGUCGCUGGCCGAGUUUCUGUGCAGCUUCCGCGACGACUCGCCGGCGACUUCUGCAGCGACAGCCCACGUGACGUCAUCGCUGAACGUCCUCAACCGGGCGCUCGCUUCCCUCGACCAACGAUAA